CAAACACGAAGUUAACAUGGAGACGGCGUGUUGACUAGAGAGCUAAUGAUAACCAGGACACAUUAAGUUAGUGAAGAAGACUUAGAUUGACCGAAACAUCUGAAUGCUGUUAAAAACGCCAAAUGGAUGCGUUGAAAAAACAAUGCGAUCCACGCAAAUUUUUAAAAGCAAUAAAAAACUAUCGCGUUUUAGUAAUUUUCAUUAUCAUAAGUCUUGCGAGUUAUAUUUUGCUUACUAUGAUAAUCCAAAGAGAUAACACCACAGCUACCAAAAGUGAAGAAGUAGAUCUGUUUAAUAAUGUUACAAGUUGUGGGAGUUCGGAAGAUUUGUUAAACGCUUUAGAGUCAUUUGACAGUGGGGUAGGCAAUUAUAGCACGUUGAAUGUGUCCUAUCGUAUUGAUGUCAUUGUAAAGACGUUAGAUACAUUGGAUAAAAAGAAGAAAAGCAUAAAUAAUGAUAUUCAAACUGUGGAUUCAAAUAUAAGGACAAGUUGCGAACAAUCUGGCAUUACGCUUCUAGAAAAUCUGGCACAAAUGUUGCGAGUUAAAAAAACUAACUGCAUGGCAAUAUUUUCUGGUAACAAAACUGAAGUAGCUCUUGGAAUUCAACAUGCGAUUGCGACAAAACGGAAAUUGUUAUCUAACAGUUUUUAUUUAAAUUUAACUGCAAACUGUGAUGAAUUUAAAACCGCACGUGGCUACGUCACAUGCUCAAUGACGCAAGAAGAACAGGAAUUUCCGAUUGCGUAUUCGAUUCUGGUUUUCAAAGACGUAGAAAUGGUUGAUAAAUUAUUCCGUGCUAUUUAUAGACCACAGAACUAUUACUGUAUUCACGUAGAUGCUAAAGCAGACAAAGAUUUUUUCCUCGCCGUAUCUGCAAUAGCACAAUGUUUCGCUAAUGUUUUCUUGACGGCUGAACGAGUGGACGUCCAGUGGGGGCAAUUCAGUAUACUGGAACCGGAAAUGAUUUGCAUGAAACAGCUGUGGAGAUAUAAAAAAUGGAAGUACUUUAUCAACCUCACUGGACAAGAGUUUCCAUUGAAGACAAACGCUCAGCUGGUGAAAAUUUUAAAAGCUUUCAACGGUGCUAAUGAUUUGGAAGGAACAAUUAAAAGAGCUAACCAAGAUCGAUGGCCUACACAACCACCUAGGGGCUUGAGGGCAGUUAAAGGAUCCGUUCACAUCACUGUCAACAGAGACUUUGUUGACUACAUCCUACACAACGACACAGCCAAGGAUCUACUGGAGUGGGUCAAAGGAACGGGAGUUCCCGAUGAAACGUUUUUCGCCACAUUAAACCACAACCCACAGCUGGGGAUACGCGGCAGCUACAAAGGUGAGCCUGAAACAGACGACACAAUCAAACCGUUUUUAUCCAGAUAUAAAAACUGGUUCGGCAUGUACCCUUGCGCUGGUCAGUCGGUCAGGGGCAUUUGUAUACUCUCCACGGGUGACCUGCCGUUACUAUACGAAUCAAAACAAUUGUUCGCCAACAAAUUCUACCUAUCGGAAGAUUUACUAUCUGUUGGUUGUUUAGAGGAAAAGUUGAUGAACGACACGAGGGAUGAAUUUCAGGGUGUGAAGACAUUUAACGUGUCUUAUUAUGAGAGCUUAGAUUUUGUGAAAAAUAGUGUGACAUAAGAUACACUGUAUAAAACUGUCUCAUCUAAA